GAGAAUAUUAUGACAUUUGUGAAGAACGAGCUGAAGAUGUUCAAGAGGAUUCUUAGUCCAGAACUCCCAGAAGGCUUUGAGAGUCAGAAGCAGGAUAAGGAAGUGGUGGACCCUGAAGAUGAGAAGCAGGAGAGCAGUGCCAGAGAGGGAGCUCUGAAGAUCACACUGCACGUCCUGAGGAAAAUGAACCAGAAGGAGCUUGCUGACACACUAGAGAACUAUGAGCUUGCUGUGAUUUGCCAACGUGAACUCAAAUCUAAUCUAAAGAAGAAGUUUCAAUGUGUAUUUGAGGGGAUGGCUAAACAAGGAAACCCAACACUUCUCAAUAAGAUCUACACAGAGCUCUACAUCACAGAGGGUGGAACAGGAGAGGUCAAUAAUGAACAUGAGCUGAGACAGAUUGAGACAACAACCAGGAAACAAGCAAGACCAGAGACUGCAAUCAAAUGUAACGACAUCUUCAAACCCUUAACUGGACAAGACAAACGUAUCAGAACUGUGCUGACAAAGGGAGUUGCUGGCAUUGGAAAAACAGUCUCUGUGCAGAAGUUCAUUCUGGACUGGGCUGAAGCAAAAGCAAAUCAGGAUGUCCAAUUUGUAUUUUCAGUCCCUUUUCGGGAGCUGAAUUUGAUGAAAGAGGACAAACACACUUUCAUUGAACUUCUCAAUCACUUCUCAAUGGAAACCAAACAAUCAAGAAUCUCAAACUACGACAAGUACAAAGUUCUGUUCAUCUUUGAUGGUCUGGAUGAGUGCCGACUGCCCCUAGACUUCCAGAAGAACAAGAUCUGUUGGGACGUCACAGAGUCAACCUCAGUGGAUGUUCUGCUGACAAAUCUCAUCAAGGGAAAUCUGCUUCCCUCUGCUCUCCUCUGGAUAACUACCCGACCUGCAGCAGCCAAUAAGAUCCCUUCAGGGUGUGUUGACCAGGUGACAGAGGUACAAGGUUUCAAUGACCCACAGAAGGAGGAGUACUUCAGAAAGAGAUUUAGUGAUGAAGACAUGGCCAGUAGAAUCAUCUCACACAUAAAGACAUCAAGGAGCCUCCACAUCAUGUGCCACAUUCCAGUCUUCUGUUGGAUUUCUGCAACAGUCCUUGAACACAUGCUGAAACAUAAGAGAGAAGAGAUGCCCAAGACUCUGACUGAGAUGUACACACACCUUGUGGAGUUUCAUACCAAACAGAAGAAUGAAAAGUAUCUUGGGAAAGAAGAGACAGGUCCACACUGGAAUAAAGAGAGCAUUCUGUCACUGGGAAAACUGGCUUUUCAACAGCUUGUGAAUGGCAAUCUGAUUUUCUAUGAAGAAGACCUGAAAGAGGCUGGCAUUGAUAUCAAUGAAGCCUCAGUGUACUCAGGAUUGUGCACACAGCUCUUUAAAGAGGAAUGUGGGCUGUACCAGGAGAAGGUGUACUGCUUUGUUCAUCUGAGCAUUCAGGAGUUUCUGGCUGCUGUAUAUGUGUUCCUCUCAUUCAUCAACAACAAUGAGAAUCUCAUGGACAAACUGCAAACAAAAUCCAGUAAGUUUUCUUCGCUGUUCAGAGACGAGCCUGAAGUUACUUUCUACAAGAGUGCUGUGGAUAACGCCUUACAAAGUGAGACGGGAAACUUGAACAUUUUUCUUCGCUUCCUUCUGGGCCUCUCACUGGAGUCCAAUCAGAAGCACUUACGAGGUCUACUGACAAAGACAAGAAGCAGCUCACAGACCCAUGAAGAAACAGUCAAGUACAUCAAGGAGAAGAUCAGGGAGAAUCUCUCUCCAGAGAGGAGCAUCAAUCUGUUCCACUGUCUGAAUGAACUGAAUGACCAUUCUCUAGUGGAGGAGAUCCAAAGCUACCUGAGAACAGGAAGUCUUUCUAGAGCCAAACUGUCACCUGCACAGUGGUCAGCUCUGGUCUUUGUGUUGCUGACUUCAGAAAAGGAGCUGGAUGUGUUUGACCUGAAGAAAUACUCCAGAUCAGAGGAAGGUCUUCUGAUGCUGCUGCCAGUGGUCAAUGCCUCCAGAGCUGCUCUGCUGUCAGGCUGUGGAGUCACAGAGGAAGGCUGUGCUUCUCUGGUCUCAGCUCUGAGGUCAAACCCCUCACACCUGAGAGAGCUGGAUCUGAGUAACAAUGACCUGAAGGAUUCAGGAGUGAAGCUGCUCUCUGCUGGACUGGGGAAUCCCCACUGUAAACUGGAGACUCUGAGGCUGUCAGGCUGUGGAGUCACAGAGGAAGGCUGUGCUUCUCUGGUCUCAGCUCUGAGGUCAAACCCCUCACACCUGAGAGAGCUGGAUCUGAGUAACAAUGACCUGAAGGAUUCAGGAGUGAAGCGCUACAGUGUGGAACAUGGUGGAGAGUACACAAUGAAACCUGGGCUUAGAAAAUAUGUCUGUGAUCUCACACUGGACCUAAACACAGUAAACAGACUCCUCUCUCUGUCUGAGGAGAACAGAAAGGUGACAUGGAGGAGAGAGGAGCAGCCGUAUCCUGAUCACCCAGAGAGAUUUGAGGACUGUCAACAGGUGCUGUGUAGAGAGGGUCUGACUGGGUGCUGUUACUGGGAGGUAGAGUGGAGUGGGAGAGAGGCUGCUAUAGGAGUGACGUAUAAAGGAAUCAACAGGAGAGGAAGGGUUAAGGACUGUUGUCUUGGAUGGAAUGACAAGUCCUGGAGUCUGUUCUGCUCUGACAACUGUUACAUUGUCUGGCACAAUAAUAAUCUCACUACCAUAAACGUCCGCCCCUGCAGACCCCACAGAGUAGGAGUGUAUCUGGACUGGCCAGCCGGCACUCUAUCCUUCUAUAGAGCCUCCUCUGACACACUGACCCACCUGAUCACAUUCUCCUCCACAUUCACUGAGCCCCUCUAUCCAGGGUUUUGGGUUAAUGAUGAUUCCUCAGUGUCCCUGUGUCAAACACAACAUGAUGUUUCACUCUAAUCAUGUGUUUUAUGUUUGAUCACAAUAUGACAUUUAAAUACAUGGAGUAACACACACACACCAGUUUCAGGCCAGUUUAUUACUGUAAAUAAUAUAGACCUCUGUUUCUGUCUCUUUCCAUGGUCCUCUGGACACACACUCACACACACAUGCACGCACACACACACACACACACACACACACACACACACACACACACACACACACACACACACACAC